UCCUAAUUCCCAAGGUAGGAGAACACGUAAAGUAAAGCAGAAUAGCCUGCAUGAUCGUCUUUUUCUAACCAGAUCUGGAUUAACUAACAAUCCAUUCUCAAGUCCAUCAGUUCCAUUGCCACUGCAACCAACCUAUCUCUCCAUUUAGCGAUCUCUGCCUAACUCAUCUAUAAUGGCAUCUACGAGCAAAGUGCACUUAUCUGGAGAAGACGACGAUGAGCAGCUCGAAAGAUUUGAUGAUUUUACGCUUGCCUCUUCCUGGGAAAGGUUUAUUUCUGAAAUAGAAGCAGUUUGUAGGCAGUGGCUUGCCGAUGGUCCAAAUAAUUUACUGGAAAAGGGUGCGGUUAAGUUGGAUUUUUCGCAGAAGUUAUAUAAGGUUAAAAUGGAGUUGAAAUACGCGAUGAAAAGCUAUAACAUGGAGUAUUAUUUUGAAACCAGCAGCGGCGGCAAAAUUGCGGACGGGGAUAGUACAUUGCAUGAUUUGCAGUUAUGCUUUGGAGUGAAGGAUUUUUUGGUUAUUGCUCCUCAAAGUGCCAGUGGUGUGGUUCUUGAUUCACCCGAGGCUUCUAAGCUCUUAAGUGCAGUUGCAAUUGCUUUGACAAAUUGCUCCAGCUUGUGGCCAGCUUUUGUUCCAGUUCAUGAUCCUUCUAGGAAGGCUUAUAUUGGAAUUCAAAAUAUGGGAACUGUUUUUACUAGAAGAUUUGAGGCUGAUCGUAUCGGUAGCCAGGUUCCUGUAAGGCUCAUGCACUUGGAAGGGUUAUACGAGUUAUUUGUCUCAAAGUUUGCCUACUCUACGCUGGACUUUGCUAUGCAUCUUUACAAAGUUCAUUUUACAAUGACAUCAACGUAUAGAACCAUUCACCAUGAUGAUGAUGAUCUCCAAAGUCUUGGUACUGAAAAAGAAGAAUAUGGUGGCAAUCAUGGUAGUGAGACCCGCAGUAGAUCUCAAUGGGAUGAUGAUUGUCCAUGGAGUGAGUGGUAUUCUGCUGAGGACCCAGUACAAGGACUUGAAUUGACUGCCACUUGGUCUGAGAAGACAGUUGAAAGCUCUCUUGAAAUGGCUGAACUUGAAAAUGCAUCACCUCAUGAAGCUGAGAAGUGGAUGUUUCUUCCAUUUCUGUCUCCAAAUCUUGAUAGUUCAGAAGGAAACAGAAUUGGCUUUGCUUCCCAAUUGCGCCUUUUGGUUGAUGCGCUAAAUAUGUCAUUUGAAGCCCAAUUUAUGGAGGAUUUUGUGUCAGUUGAAAACCCUGGGUCUGAUAAUCUCAAGUCCUCGAUGAUUGUACCGCCACCAACUGUUCUUGAUCGUGUGUUCAAAGAUCUUUUUCAUGAGGGAUCACAAGUCGCUGCAUUUGCUAAAGGUGAGCAUAAGAUUUCUCGAGCUAUUAAAGGCGCACCAUUUGGAUCCCUUUUUGCACAGUUUUGCUUACAUGCUCUAUGGGUGGGGACCUGCAAUAUACGCGCUAUUGCCGUGCUUUGGAUAGAGUUUAUUCGGGAAGUUCGUUGGUGUUGGGAAGAGUCACAACCUCUACCUAAAAUACAAGCCAAUGGCUCUAUUGACCUAUCCACUUGUUUGAUUAACCAGAAACUGCAAAUGCUUGCUAUAUGCAUUGAGAAGAAGUGUGAAAUGAAUGAAGACUUCCAAGAUUGUGUAGGCAGCAAUGAGCAUACUUAUGAUCAUAUGGAGGAAGAUAGUCCGGUUGGGGACAAGACAACCAAUAAACAAAAACAUGGUGAUGAAUUUGAUGGGAUUCAAGACAGCCCUUUGACAGAGGAUGGUUUGCAUGGGAGUGGAACGACGACGACAGCAAGGCGUAGCAUGAAGCACGGAGACAGUCUAUCUACUGAUUUGAAAUCUUCUGAUCAUAACAGGAGGGGCUCAGCUGGUGCUGUGGGGUCUAUGAAGCUUCUGAAGUCUUAUAAGAGCAUGCAUGCCCCUUUCACACAGGAUGCUCCACUUAUGACAGAAGACAUGCAUGAAGAAAGACUGCAGGCUGUUGAAGCACUUGGGAGUUCUUUUAGCUUUUCUGCUCAGUUGGAGAAAGAUAUCUUAUCAUCAGACAUGUCAGCAUUCAAAGCAGCAAAUCCAGAUUCUGUUUUUGAAGAUUUUAUUCGGUGGCAUUCACCGGGAGAUUGGGAGAAUGAUGAUAAUAAGGAAAGUGGAGCAUCUAAAAGUCCAGUGACAAAGGGCUUGAAGGAUGAUUGGCCACCUCAUGGCCGACUUUCACAACGGAUGUCGGAGCAAGGGAAUUUAUGGCGAAAGAUUUGGAACGAUACUCCUGCUUUGCCAGUGUACGAGCAGAAACCCCUAAUAGACCCCUUUCGAGAAGGAGAGAAGAUCCUUCAUUACUUAGAGACAUUGCGGCCUCAUCAACUGCUUGAGCAGAUGGUUUGUACCACCUUCAGAGUGUCAGCUGACACACUAAACCAGACUAAUUUUGGAGGCUUGAAGCAGAUGACAACAAAAAUGGAGCAACUGUACCGUACUAUGGCUUCCACAUUGAAGCCUUUGCAAACAAAUCAUGUAUCUGGCAACAGUGAGACCAUCGAAGACCUAAGACGCCUCUGUGUUAUCUUUGAACACAUUGAGAAGUUGCUUACUCUUGCAUCUUCUCUUCAUCGGACUUUCUUGCAGGCUCCACGCCUCUCUGAAACAAUUUUCACCGACUACUACAACUUCUAUCUUCCAAGAAUGGGAACAGGGUCACCGGGUUCUCUAGAAGUUGAUGAAAAGGAGUUUGACGUCAAGUAUCAAGUAAUGACACGCGAGAGACAGUGUGUAUCGAAUAUGUUCACCCCCCCCACUGCUAACCAGUCAUGGAGAAAAGUGCUAAGCAUGGGUAAUCUUCUAAAUGGUCACGAACCUAUUGUCAGGGAGAUUAUAUUUUCAGUGCGUGAUAGCUUGAGAAACAACCAUUAUGCAGCUCACAAUCCAAGAGGUUUUCAACGAGAAAUAGAGACAAAUCGAAUGUAUAUAUGCGGAACCUCAAAUGAUCUUCGUGUAGCACUCUCUGUUACCUCGUGUGAUUGACAUAUUAUAUUGUACAUGAUAAUUAUUCUUGCCUGUAUUGGUUCAAUAUCCAUCAUUAUUUUGAGUUUUAUCAGUGGACCAUAUCUGAUCUUUCUGGGUUUGUAAUUAAUGUUUGAAGGGAUUCACAAGGACAACCAAAGCAUUGCUGCCUUGAAAUGACUUUCCGUGGCAAUAGCAGAGUAUCAUGUGUGAUUUCCGUUUCGAA